AUGGUGAAUGAAAUGUCCAUGUUCCAGGUGGCGAACAAUGCAGAACAGAUGAUCGGAAUGCUCAAUUGCUUCUACGCGAAUUCACAGCUCAGCCAUAGAGAGCGUAAAAUUGUCUGGGAUUUCUUGCACAAAAAGCUUGGUAAUGUGUGGCCGCAUCCGUUCUGUACGUUGCUGUACAGCGAAGGAAUUGAGGAGGACAAAGAUAAUGGAGUCAUUCUGCGAGUAAAACGAUACUUGGAGCUGAACAUCUCCUCGUGGUCAAUUCGUUUGCUCAAAACGGCCGAAUGUCUACGGAAGGUUCCUCGUUUCACUUGGGCGAAAUUCUAUGCAAAAUAG